AUGGACGAAUCCUAUCACCAAGGAUUUGCAGAAACUAUAGCCUCCAUUCGAAAGAAUUACAACCAGGUACUGGGGGAUAGUAGGUUACUGGCGGCUGACAUCGCACAGAAUGGCAAAAGCUUCGAUACCAUCCUCGUGCAGUACUGUGCGGAUGGAAGUUUCUCUCUCGAAGAACGCAAGACUCGUAUUGCGAGCUUCAUUUUGGGUACCAAAAGAUUUGAGGAGACCUCCAAAGACAUCCAACAACGGUUCUCAAAUGUUAAAACUGAUGUCACCUCCUUUGCGGAGACUUUCUCUUCGUGGGCAGACGGCAAAGAAGGAGAAGUGACAUCCCAAAUAAAAGAACUAGAGAAGGAGAUCAGUGACUUGACUGAACAGUUGAAUCAAAUCAAGGCAGCUCAAACUGCAAUGGCAGCAGUGGCAGGGGCGGCGAGACCAGUUGCAACAACCCUUGGGACGAUUUUUCAACCUAUCCAACAGUUGAUUCUCAUUGGAGGCCUCAUCACCGUAGUCGUUUCUCUAGCCGCAUCUCUAAGUCUAAUAGUUGCUGCUGAACGAGUUCAACACGAGAUCAAUAAGAAGACUAGCGAUAAGGAGGAUCUUGAAAAGCAAUUAGAGGGGAUUAGAAAGACACGCCAGGAGUUACAGUCUGCGCAGUCGAAUGGCCUACUGUCGUUCACAGCUUGCAUCGACGUCUUACCCGAGUACUGGAACUCGACAAUUCGGGAUGCGCAAUCUAUUCAUGACUGGCUGGAAAAUGGCGCCGACACUACUGCUCGCCCGACCUAUAUGAAUCUAAACAUUGACCGUCGCGUCAAAUCCUAUAAUUCUGCAGCUGCGUACCUUGAAAAAUACGCACACGGGGGAUAAACGCAUGUUUUCGUCGGUCGAGGCAAGCAUGGAAAAUCAUUAAUUAUUUGCUUUUGCUUCGUUACUCUGG